CUGUUUUCGACUAGUGAAAGAAGUCCUGUCUCUACGACAAAGGAUUGUUGUGAUGAGACAGACCACCCACUUUCUACGCCGCUGUCUGCAGUAUCGUCUGACACCCUAACUUCAUUACGAACAAAGCGAUUGCAUGAAAUGUGCGGUGUGCCGAAGGAUUCAAGAAGAAUACAGACGAUCGAACAACAACUACUACGCACGGCACUGAGGACAAAACGUGAUCAAAUGUAUGCUUGUCUGAAGAAGUGUGUUGCUAAAGAAAUAAAACAAAGGAAAAGGCUCAACGAGGAAAAGGUUCGGCUGGAGACCCCAAGAGUGGCAAGGCCUGACGUGAAAUUCGAAUCCAGCCAGAGUGAUGUAGCAAAAAUUCCGAUCAAUUCUAACGCAGGAAAAAGGAAAAUUUUCCCAAUAGUCGGAAAUCAAUUCUAA